AACCUUUUCUCUCUGACAUUGGUCCUCUUCUUCUUCUUCUUCCAUGAAAUUUCUUCGUUUCGUUCUGUGAAAGAAGGUUUUGAUUGCUAGUUGCAAAGAUUACUCAUAAUAAUUGGAAGAAGUUGCUGAUGAGGCAUUACAAUCCCUAACCAUAAGCAGUCCAGAAGGCACGGGAAAACAAGAUCAGAUGGAGGAAGAUAAAUUGCAAGAGCAAAUUGUAUAUUUUCCAAAAAGAGAACGCUUCAAAUUUGAGCUUGAAGCUUCAUCAUCUACGGAUUUGAUCAGCUCAUUACCGGAUCAACCAUCAUCAAAAAGCCGCAAGUUAGAGGAGCAUUCAGUUCAAGCUUCUCCCGCCGCGGCAUCUGCGAGGAGUGUUAUUCCAAAGAACCGCAUUCAACUUGUUAAAGAUUCCAUAGAAUCUCGCCAGUUCAUAAAAGCUCUACAGCUUGUUAACGCUCUACAAUCUGAGUUUCCGCCUUCUCCACUUGUUCUGGCUCUGAAGGCACUAGUAUAUGAGAAAAUUGCCAGUGAAGUUGAAGUAUUAUCUAUUUGCUCAGACGCCAAGGACCACAUGGUCUUUGAUUUCUCGAGUCUUCCAGAUGUGCUGGCAACAUUAGAUAUUGUUUUCCAACGACUUGGUCGCUUGGAUUUAGCGACAGAGUAUUACGAACAUGCUUGUGAAAAAGUUGAUAACAGUUUGGAGCUGUUGAGGGGAUUGUUUAAUUGUUAUGCCCGCCAGUCGUCAUUUGCCAAGCAACUUAAGGUUUGCCUCAGAAUGUAUAUGAUUGUUCAGGAGGACAAGUUCCUGUACUGGGCUGUUUUCUGCGUUCAACUACAGGUGCUUUUUCAUUUGUUCAAGAAGCAUGGCAUGGAUCAUAACUUGGAUGAACCGGAAGCCUUCUUGGUAUACAUGUCAGUGAUGGAGCAGCCAGAAAUGUACGGCCCUGUUCAUGAGAUCCUUUGCAAGUUAGGUCCGACACUUAUAGUGGUCAAAGCUGAUAAGCAGGAUUUUCAGGAACGGAAGCUUCUUGCACAUUUGUGUGACUAUGUUGCUGCGGUUGAGGCGCUUAAGAAAAUAUUAUUGCUACGGAGUCCUAAUGAUUGGGAAUCUUUAAUAGAUGAGUUUAACUUUUUUGUUGAGGAUGAUAGCAACUACAUGUAUUUCGCGUGUAAGAUAUCCGAGUUGCCUAAGAAACACUGUGGUUCACAAAUCUUAGAGGCAUUGUCAAACUUGGAGAAUGAGAAGAAAAUAUGUCGUUUUGACAGAAAAGACAAUGAUGUGUUUGAGGAGGCUAUCUAUGAGUACUUCACCAGAGUCAAUUACAGAAUUCAAAGGUUCUUUCAAAUCUUUUCUAAGGGUGAAGUGUACUGGUUGGUAGACAGUCUUCUAAAGCAAGAUGUUUUGACUGUGGAAUUGUUAAAGGAAAAGUUCAGUAUGAUAUGCAACAUCCCCAAGAUACCCAAACAUUUUGGAGAUUUCUCUGUGGGAUUUCAACCUGCAGUUCAUGGGGCGACAAUUGUUAUAAAAACUAGCAAGUUUUUCGUAAUAGCUGCUGAUGGAAAACUUACAUCACGUUCUUCCGAUAAUGCACUAUUUCUAAAUAGUGAAAAGAUUAGGCAAUUUGAUGAUUUAUGUAUUGCUAUAUCUGGAGUUUGGAAAACUUUGAGUAAAACAGUCAGUGUUGUGCAGAAGUGUAUGAGACACUUGAAGAAAAAUGGUGAAGGAAGAAGGCCCACGGUCAGACAAAUUGGCGAGUAUAUGGCAAAGGAAGAUCCAAUGUUGAAUGGAUAUUUUGAAGUGAUUAUUUGCGCAUUCGAUGAGCUAGAGGUUGGCAAACCUCUUGUUCCGUGCGCUUCAUUUGCUGGGAAUUUCUUCGGUUGUGAUCCAAACCAAUCCAUCUACUGUUCUGGACGCUGUGAUGAUUAUGCUGAAAGUAUCCUAUUAGAAGGAAAUAUUGGUCCAGACACAGGGCUUGCACAAGUAAUUUGUUGGGUUGAGAGAGCCUUAGUGUACACGGCUAUGUUCGAUAGCUGUACUGGAGGAUUGGCAACCAUUACCGUUAUUGAUGCUGACAAGAAAGUAAAGGUGAUGGCUAAAGAAUACAUCCACACUACAUUGUGGGAAAAACACCGUCAUUUUUUUGAAAACAGGGUAAGUGAGUGAUGCAGUUGCAAGUUUACAUUUGUUUAGAAGGCACUGUUUUGAAAACUAAAUUAAGUAUGUGGUCUCAUAUUCUAUAGAAAACAUAGUUAUCUGGAUUUCCAAAGAAUAGAGAUAAAGAAGAGGAAUGCAACCAUCAUCAUCUGUGUAUGUCAGUAAUCAAUUUGGAUGCUGCUGGAUUGCCUGUGCUGAGACCUUUUUUGAAUGGUAGUUCAGACCUUGUUUAGCAUUCAAUGUUUCAUGGAUCUAUCACUAGAAAUAGGCUGUAGCGGAGACCAACUAUGUUGAGGUGUGUUUUGCCAUAAUGAUCGUAUGUAUAUAUGAUUCUCGCUAGUUUUAUCACCACUAACGUAAAAGUCCCCUGUAUCCAUCUCCAAGAAAAUCAAGUCUUCAUUCCUAUUUGGUACUUAACAUUAAGAUUUCAGAGAUGCAGGGAAUCAUAUUGCCAGAGGGAGAUCUUGAACCCAUUAACCUCCUUUUUUUUU